AUGAAGAAAACGCGGAAUAUUGGAGGAUUUCAAUGGAUUCUUUGUCAAAAAGAUAUGUCAUUUGAAGAUUUUGCUUCAACAUAUACACGUUCAUUUGGUCAAACACCAAUACGUAUCAUUCGUAUGUCAUCACCCUUGACAGCUUAUUCUGGUUCGAAUGAUCAACCGUAUCGUCAUCUUGUACUAUUAUGUCAACCACAUUUUACGUCGAAAUCCAUUUCAAUAGCAUUUUAUUUAAAUGGUACAGCUUAUUUUGAAUACUUAACUGAAGAUAAAAUUCGACAACGUUUACAACUAUUAAAUAAUUCACGUAGGACACCAUUUCAUUGUGACAAUUUAGAGUCUAUUUUAUCACGUUUCAAAACAAUGUUAUCAACCGACGCAAUGAAACAAGAUAAUAAUGAAUUACACGCGAAACUUUUAUCGGAACGAUUAUUAUCUGUUGAAAUAUAUCAAGACGAUUUAAAGUUUAAAUUUCGCUGUGAUGAGCGUCCACAGUUAUUUGAACAACAUUAUGUUAGACAAUUAUUAAUACAAGUUAACGAAUUAUCACAACGACAAGCAUAUCUAUGUGAACUGUUAGAACAUAAAGAUCAAUUACCACAAUUCGAUGCAAAGCUUUUUCUCAAUACGCCAACAACACUUGAUGACGAUGAAGAAGAUUCCGAUGAAGAUGAUGAAAUUUUAUCGUCGUCAACAACUGGUCGUUUAUGGAAAACAGCUUUUGGUCGUCGUGAUGGUUCACAAUUUCUUGAUAUAUGUCUUCUUAAAAAAGCCUACAUUAAAACAUUAGAAGAAAUGAGCGAUGAUGAUCACGAUGAAGCAGAAGAAGAAGAAAAAAAAGAUCUUGACACCAUUUCAUCUAUUGUAGAUACACUUGUUGAUCAAACUGUUGUUCGAAUUGAUCAACAAAAUGAUGAUGAUGAAAUCGUUUUAGCAGAACGAAUUGGUAAACGUUCAUUGACAACAUCAACAGUGAAUUUCGAAAGUGGUACACAAAAAAUAAAACGAUUACGAAGCACUACAGCUAGUGCAAAUGUUUCUAUUUAA